AUGGAUUUCUCUUACACUGGGAGAUCCCAGGUACAAUCUCUUGAUCCUGGAUACUAUAAAUUAGAAGUUUGGGGCGCACAUGGUGGAUCUACACCUGGAAACAAUAUCGCUUUUAUAGGAGGUCAAGGGGGUUAUUCCGUAGGUUAUUUAAACUUAACUGAAACUAUGACAGUCUAUGUCCGAGUUGGAGGUGUCGGAAAAGGUGUAAAUAAUGAUUGGGCAGAAGGUGGAUACAAUGGAGGUGGAUGCGCUUGGGGAAGAGCAAGUAGUCCAGGAAAUGGUGGAGGAGGCGGAACAGACAUCAGAAUCAACGAAGAUGACAUUUAUUCACGUGUAAUUGUUGCAGGGGGCGGUGGAGGUGGUGGAAGAGAGGAUGACGGAGGUUUUGGAGGUGGUCUAACUGGAGGUGGAAGUAAUCAGGUAAACAAACUUCAUCAUCAAGUGGAGGUGCUUUCUUUCAAGGAGCACAUACUGCAUAUAAUGGAGGUGCUGGAGGGGGAGGUUGGUACGGUGGAGGUGCUUCAAGUGGCUCUCAAACAAAGCCUAAAACAGGCACAACCGCUGUUUAUACUAGUGAAGGUAGUGGAGGUAGCGGUUAUGUUUACAAUGAAUCAACAGCAAAAGACUAUCCAAGUGGAUGCAAACUAA